GAAUGCUUGAACAUCCACCAAAAGUAUCCAAGGAGUGUGAUUGAUUUAAAUAUUUUAAUACACUAAGGGUCUAUUAAAAUUGUUUUUCCUAGUCCAAGUAGAUCGUGUUAAUGGAAAGAUAUAAAUGAGCCAAACAUGACCGAGAUUUGUGAUUUCCUGUUUGGUGGACCUGGACCAGAGGCCGUAGCUGGAUGUAAAGACAUUAUGUUACGAGCCACACAGGAACUCCUGACAGGUGAAGUGAAUGAGCAUUCGCUGUUCGACUACGGGCCGUCAUCAGGAGCUCCGGAGGUCAGGCGCCAAUUGGCGGAUUUUUUGACAAUUCAGUAUAAUGACAAGGUUGAAAGUGACAACUUGUUUAUUACCGCUGGUGCGUCUCAUGGAAUACAUUUGGUGACAACAGUACUAAUGGGUGAAGAUGUACCAAUUUUUGUCGAAGAUCCAACAUAUUUCCUUGCCAUUGGAAUGUUUAAGAAGGACUUCGGUUAUCGAAUAAUCCCUGUUCCGACAGAAGACGAUGGUAUAGAUGUGAUGGCUCUGGAGAAACUGUUACAGGAGACACCUGCUCCCACGCAGACAAAGAGUCCCUUCCGCCGGAUGUUGUACACGAUGACGGUCCAUCACAAUCCCAAGGGUUCUUGUUUGCCACCAGAGAAGUGUCGGCGUCUUGUUUCUUUGGCCCGGCAGUAUGACAUGUUGUUGUUUGCUGAGGAUGUGUAUAACCUUCUGACUUACACAAAUGAUGGAGUCCCUCCUCUCAGACUUUUUUCUUAUGACAGCAAGGAUGACCAUGACUACAAAGGACAUACUCUGUCAAAUAGCACUUUUUCCAAGAUCUUCUCUCCUGGUCUACGCGUGGGAUGGAUAGAGACAGCGCCUAGGAUUGUCAAGUUGUUGAUAGACUGUUAUACCACAACAAGCGGGUUCUGUUAUAAUCAUUACAUGUCUUGUGUAGUUGGGAAAGCAUUGGAACUUGGACUCGUACAAUCCAAUCUCACGAGACUGCGAAAAUUGUACGGGGAGAGAAUCAAAACAAUGUCUCGUAGAUUGAAAGAGAACCAACUUCCAGUGUCCUUUGUUGAACCAAGGGGUGGUUUCUUUAUAUGGAUAAAACUACCUGAGAGUCUUGAUGCAGAAGAACUGUGUACAAAAGCUAAAGCAGUCAACUUACUUGUACAAGUUGGCUCCAAGGCGUCGCCAACUGGGGGAUGUAAGAACUUUAUUCGCCUCUCUGUGAGUGUAUGUUCAGUAGAAAAAAUCGAGAAGGGAAUAGAUAGAUUGUCCGAGAUAAUUCGGUCAUGUGUCACAUGAAAAAAAAAAGUUUUUUAUGAUAUAUUUUGUAAUGGUUUGUCAAUUAAGUGAAUCCAAAUAAAGAUAUUAAGAAAGAGAA